UUACAGAAAAGUGUUCUGGACUUCAAUGAAGGACAGCCGAAUUCUCUCAACCCAUGGCCGUAUCCACUUUACUAUCCGUACGACGGCCUCCCCCCAUACCCCAUUCCACCUGGUUACGGCUUAUCAUUCGAUACGACACCAAGAAAAAACGCAACUCGGGAGUCGACGGCGACGCUGAAGGCGUGGCUCAACGAGCACAAGAAGAACCCGUACCCCACCAAGGGCGAGAAGAUCAUGCUCGCCAUCAUCACUAAAAUGACACUCACGCAGGUCUCAACGUGGUUUGCUAAUGCACGACGACGCAUCAAAAAAGAGAAGAAAAUAUCCUGGGACACCAAGAGCAACGCUGACGAAGAUGAUGACGAUGAAGAGGAGCAUGCCAAAGACGAUGACAGAGACGCCAGUAAAAAAGAUUAUGAGGACAACCGCCUGAGCAUGGACGAGGACAGAGAAGAAGCUGACCCUCGUAGAAGCAGCCAAUCGCCGUCAAGCACGACAGACGACGCGGGUUCAUCGCACUCUUCCCUCAUAAAACCCAGAAUUUGGUCGCUGGCAGACCUGGCUGUGUCACCAGCCAGUACCCAAGAAUCCAAUUCAAGUCUCGGUGGUAAAAUAGCCUUCCACAGAUCCCUGCACGCCGAGUCGUCUCCUUAUGGCCGACCCUUUGGCACGCAAAGAAUAGUGUCUCCGCAUGAGGCUUUUUUACAAGUGUACGCUAAGUCUUUUGGCUUACCUUUUCCUUACCACCAAGCCCUUCAAUCCUUACCUAACGCCCUGCAAUCUCAUCCGGUUGCGUUACCACCUCUAGGUUUAGGAGUAUUCCCCACACCUAUGCCGCACGUUUCACCAACACCAUCCUCUUCCUCAUCCACUGUAACACGUCCAUUACCCACCCGAAUUUUCGUGCCCAGCAGUGUUCAUGCCAGAGACGAACAUAAUUUGUUCACUGGCGGCAGUCGAGAAACUGCAACAUCUUCUACAUCCUCAGCCUCACCCACUUCCUGGGCUAAGUGAAACAUGACGUCAUGAAUAGCUACCAUUUUUUUGGACAUGUGCUGCUGCCAAUAUUAUUGUUUCGUACUUGAGCAACCAGAAGUACUAUCAUUUAUUUAGUACUGUACUGCUUUAAAGCUGGAUUUCCAACAAUUAGUUCAUCAACGGUUGAGAUAAUUGAUGUGUUAUUAUUUUAUUCUACCUCCAUUUCUCUGUACUUUUUGAUCCAGAGAAUCGUCCUCCUCUUACCUCGUGUGUAUCCAACAUAAGCAAUGAAAAUAAUUUACUCAUUUCAUAAGUUUACGCUGAGUCAUUCACUUUAUUUGAAAAACGAUGUAGGAAUAAAUUGAAAUAAAUUCUGUGCGUCCUUGAUCUUUAUGAAAGAUUCAAGAUUCAUUUACCGUUUGUAAAGUAGGAGCUUCUGAUUGGUGCUAGAUGGUUUUAUUGUUUAUAUUAACGCAAUGUAAAACGCAUGUUUGUAAAAUGCAGAAAAUUUAUUUCUGGCCCAGAGACGCAGGCGAUGAAAUGAGACAGGCAAUGAAAUGCAAUUAACGAGUCUGGCAGUAUGAGGUGACAAAUACGUUAAAAAUUAGAAAACUAUACAGUGUAGAAUUUUAUAAAUAAAAUGCAAG